GAACUUUCGUAUUCGAGCAUUUGUUCCGUCGAACUGUUUUUGUGAAACACCGUGGCGGUACUCGGGCGGACUUUUUGAUUUCAGGUUUAUUUAGUGCUGCUCAACAAAAACCAAAUGUUUACAUACUUAGCAACCUAAAAAGAAAAUCCUACUUAUAAUUCGACGCUUGUUUUCGUCUAACCGCUCACAUUUGAUACACGUUGUUAAAUAUAGUUUAAAAACUCGUGUCAAGAGUAAAAACAAAUGUCAUGUUAAUUAAUAUCCACCUACUCACACGUUUGUUGAAAAAAGCGCAACUUCUUCAGAAUGAGCACAAAGGUAACUCCUCUGAAAAAGAAAAGCUACAUGGGGCAGCACCAGAUCAAGAAGCCAAAAAGCUUCCAAGCUCCUGGUGAGCCACCAGACGGAGACAGACUGCUGCAGAAAACCCGUUAUCUGUCAGACAAAACAAACAGAUCAGAAAACAGUAGCAGAGAUUGCCUCAUGGGUGGAGGAGCAGUGUUCCCGCUGGGAGAAUCCACAUUAGCUCUCGAUGAAGAGAUGCUGCAGGUGCUGGAUGCCUUUGACCCCGUAAAGCCUGCAGCUAACAAUGCUUGUCCAACAACAUUAAACAGAGAUGCACAGGAAGAGCCAGCAUCAUCAACUGCACCUGCCCCUUCACGGUCUCUUGCACCAGUUGCGCACAAUAAGAAGGAGAGUGACAGAGCUCCUCCUCAACCCACAGGCCAAGGACCCCAUAAACCCCCCAGCGCCCAGGAGAAAGUCUGUUGGCGUAGCGGUGGUUGUAAGAAACCAGGGCGGACAGGUGACUGCAAAGACCUUGCUCAGAAGCUUCUCUUCAGUGAGGAUUUGGAGGAAGCAGAGCGUGCUCAGAGGGGUCCAGAAAGCGGCCAGUCGGUCCUUGUUUCUGCCCGCAUUAAUGGGCUACCAUAUCAAGAAAUAAACAGUCAGCAAGAAGGCAGCUCCAACAACAGGCAGAAGCUUACGUCCAGAAGAAAAGGCUCUCCUCUUAGCAAAGAGGAAAGUGGAUUAAGUGAGAAUGCUGAUCCACCCCUUGAUGUAUCCAGAGACUACAUCUUGUUCAGCCCCACACGCCUCGCAGCUGCCAUGAAGAGAGCCAAACUCCAGCGUUCAUUGCAGAAUCAGUCCGCCUCUCUGCUCACAGUCCCCACUGGGUUAGAGCUCAGUACUCUCAAUGACACUUUACCUCAGCCAGGCAUUGCCUUGUGUGCUCCCUUGGAGAAAACUGAAAAGCUGCUGUUAUCCAGUUGGGGUUUGCCAAAACCUGUCCUGGAGCGCUACCAGAAACACGGAGUGACUCGCAUGUUUGAGUGGCAGGCUCAGUGCCUCACUGUUGGACAGGUGCUGCAGGGAGGUAACCUGGUAUACUCUGCCCCCACUAGUGCUGGAAAAACUCUGGUGUCAGAGCUGCUGAUGUUGAAGCGUGUGUUGGAGACCAGAAGAAAAGCUCUCUUCAUUUUGCCUUUUGUCUCUGUGGCCAAAGAGAAGAUGCACUAUCUUAAGAGUGUAUUUGAAGAGGCAGGAGUUCAUGUGGAGGGAUAUAUGGGCAGCACUUCAGCUGCUGGAGGGUUCACGGCACUGGAUGUGGCUGUUUGCACCAUAGAAAAAGCCAACUCUCUGAUUAACAGACUCAUAGAAGAAGACAGCAUGGGUCUACUAGGUAUGGUGGUGGUUGAUGAGUUGCAUAUGGUUGGGGAUUCUGGAAGAGGAUACCUGCUAGAACUGCUGUUAACCAAAAUCCGCUACAUAGCACAGAAGCAGAACACCACAGGGUCUCUGUCUGAGGGUGUACAGAUAAUAGGUAUGAGCGCCACCUUGCCUAACCUCUCCUUCCUGGCUAGCUGGUUAGGGGCAGAGCUUUACCAGACAGACUACAGACCUGUACCCCUGCAGGAGCAUCUCAAAGUGGGCUGCGACAUCUACGACAAAAACCUCUCUUUGGUCCGUCAGUUCACUCCUGCACUCCACAUCAAGGGUGAUGACAACCACAUAGUGAGCCUGUGCUAUGAGACAGUGAGAGAGGGCCACUCUGUGCUGCUGUUCUGCCCCUCAAAGAACUGGUGUGAGAAACUGGCAGACAGUAUCGCCAGAGAAUUCUACACCCUCAGGCAUACUGAUCGUCAGGGCGACACGGACCCGCAACCAGUGUGUCUAGAUCAGGAGGGACUAGUGGAUGUUAUAGCCCAGUUGAGACGAACUCCCGCUGGACUAGACCCCAUCCUCCAGCGAACUGUGCCAUGGGGGGUGGCCUUCCACCACGCAGGUCUGACAUUUGAUGAACGCGAUGUUUUAGAGGGAGCUUUUCGUCAGGGCAUGGUCAGAGUCCUGGCUGCCACCUCUACCCUCUCCUCAGGAGUUAAUCUCCCAGCCCGCAGGGUCAUCAUUCGAACCCCUACCUUCAAUGGACACUUGUUGGACCCGCUUACAUACAAACAGAUGGCUGGAAGAGCAGGGAGGAAAGGAGUAGACACUACAGGGGAAAGUGUGUUGGUUUGUAAGGAGGCAGAGCGUCAGAAAGGUAUUAGUCUCCUUAAGGGUGCUCUUCAGCCAAUCAGCAGCUGCCUGGUAAGAGGGGAAGGGGAAGGUGUCACCACUAGCAUGCUGCGAGCCAUCCUGGAGAUCAUUGUCGGAGGUGUAGCCAGCACUCCACAGGAUGUGAGGUUGUAUGCUUCGUGCUCUCUACUGGCUGCCAGCAUGAAAUGUGACGACAAAAAGAAAUCAAAUGCAGAGACCAACAAAGGGGCUAUUGAGGCCUGUGUUGAAUGGCUGAUGGAGAACGAAUUUAUUAGCAUCAAGAAGGACGGACAAGAGGAGCGGUACUGUCCCACUCAGCUUGGUGCAGCCACCCUGUCCUCCUCCCUCUCCCCUCCUGAGGCUCUAGGAAUAUUUGCAGAUCUCCAGCGAGCCACGAAGGGUUUUGUACUAGAAAAUGAUCUGCACAUUCUCUAUCUGAUCACCCCGUUGUACGCAGAGUGGACUACCAUAGAUUGGUAUCAGUUCUUCUGUCUUUGGGAACAGCUCUCGUCAUCGAUGAAGAGAGUAGCAGAGCUGGUGGGUGUCCAGGAAGGUUUUCUCGCACGGUCUGUCAGUGGCAAACUUGUCGCCAAGACAGAAAAGCAGCGUAGACAGAUGGCAAUUCAUAAACGGUUUUUCACCACCCUUGUACUACAGGAUCUGGUGAAUGAGGUGCCUUUGGGAACAGUGGCAUCUAAAUACAACUGCAGCCGUGGGCAGUUACAGUCUCUCCAACAGUCUGCUUCUACAUAUGCAGGUAUGGUAACAGUGUUCUGCAAACGUCUUGGCUGGCACAACAUAGAGCUGCUGUUGUCCCAGUUCCAGACCAGGCUGAGCUUUGGAGUCCAGAGGGAACUAGUCGACCUGGUCAGGGUUUCCCUCUUGAAUGCAACACGAGCCAGAGCACUCUACGCACAAGGGCUCUGUACUGUUGCUGAACUAGCCAGGGCUACUGUGGCUGAUGUGGAAAAAGCCUUAAGGAAUGCAGUCCCAUUCAAGAGCUCUAAACGUGCAGUGGAUGAGAGUGAGAUGGAGGCAGCUGAGAGACGGAGCCUUCGCUGUGUCUGGGUGACCGGGGGGCGGGCCCUGACAGAACAGGAAGCAGCCACUGAGAUAGUUUCUGAGGCAAGGCUCCUCCUUCAGGAAGACCUGGCCCAGCUAGGAGUUCAGUGGGACCCAAUGACACUUCCUCCUGGGGCUCCUGCUGUCAAGAGCCCUGAUGACCAUCACAGCAGCGACACAGAAACCUCAUCUGGUUCAUAUCUCAGUUCACAAAAAGCACAGACAGACAACACUAAAGACCACCAAGAGGGAGACAGGCUGAUGAAAAGUAAGGGCAGAGACUCUGACAGACACAGAGAGGAGGGUGAGGAGGAAUAUAAAAGUGAGAAAGGAGUGGCUGAAACAAAAAUGGAGAAAUCAGAGGGCGAAGCCAGGAAAGAGCAAGGGAAGUCCAAACCUGUUGAGAAGGAAGUAAACAGAAAAUUGGAGGUGCACAUAGAGGGAGGCAGGACAGACCCAGAAAAACAAGAAAGAAAAAAGCACAGAAGGUCAGAGAAAGAAUCCCCUUCAGAGAAAGGAGUCAAGAAAAGUGAAGGUACAAUCUCAGCCAGACCAGGGGGUCAACAAGUGAAACAGCCGAUUCCUGAAAGGAGUCUGACACAGGAAUUGGCAGAGAUUGUAUCCAGCCCUUUGCCUCAGUCACUGCCACAUCCUCGGCCUUCACCUCCUCCAAUGCCACCUCCCCGCUUCAGAGCCCCAAUAUCCUGGGCAGAAGAACAACAAAGUGUUUCCACAACGACAUUAAAAGGAGAUGGUACCACAGGGCUUGCUCCCUCACCCGUACAGUCAGGAAGACUGAGGCACUCGAGAGCCCUAAGCAAGGUCCUUCACUCCAUACAAAAUGAGAAAUGUCUACAAGAUAAUGGAGAGACAGCAUGGGCAUCCUACCGGGCAUCAAUUCACAACUCAGCACCUACAGCCCAGGUGCCAACCACUGCUCAAGCUACUGGCCCCAUGCAACAAACUCCUCCAACAGUUUCUGCUCCUAGAAAUGCUGACCCAUUUGAUCCUCCUACAUCUGUUUCUCCUGGCUCAGUUCCCUUAUUCUCUCCUGAUGCCAAGCGAAGAAGGAUAGAGGAUGGAGAGGUAGAUAAGUUCUCAUCUCCUGAGCUGUAUGCAGGAGAUGAGAGAGAUGAAGUUGAUGGAGAUGUUAAAAAGGGAGAAGAGAGCUUUGGUGUCAGCUUUGAAUUGGACACUCAGACAGAAAGAAUCAUCGUUCAACAUACAUACCAACACAGAGAUGGGAAUGACAGAAGAAUGAAUCAGCUGAUAGAAACAGAAAAGGUAAAAGAGGAAGAAUUGGUAGGAACAGCUGUAGAGCUGGAGGGCGACACAGAUGAGGGAAAAAAAAGACUUUUCCCUCCGAACACAUGCCAUAGAUUCAAUAUCUCUCUCACCGAUAGUCAUAUGGAGCUCAUCAGCCACCAGAUUUCCUGUGGACCUGGUGGUGGUGAUAUCGUGGAUGAAGAUAAAAAUGAAGGUGAUGGUAAUGAUAAUGAAGCUCUCGAAGCCAGUCAGGUUGCUUAUGAGAGUCUUAACAGAAGUAGUAGCUUCCUAUUCGACAGCCUGUACGACAGCUCUCUGCUGGCUGGUCUGAGCCCACAACAGAUCCUUGACCAAUCUGAUGAAGAGGAAUCUGUUGGCCAGGAGGUCAAAUACAAUUGCCCUCUUCCAUCAACCCAGGAGCGACGACGCAGCGAGAUUCUCGCCAACCAGGAGGCAGAAAAGCAGGAGGCAAUCCAAUGGGGCGAGUCCUCCUUCAACCUUUCAGAGUGGGGCGACUCACUGUUUGUGGGCGAACAUUUUCUGGAGAGGAAAAGCUUGCUCAGACAUACAGAGAGAAUGCAAAGAGAGCAAGAAGCCCGCCAUCCUCGAGCACAGCAACCCAGUGCAGACCAUGGUCUGCCUGAGGAACAGCUGUCAAAUUCACCAUCUGAACCCAGUCACAUGCAGCCACAACCUGACAGCAUUGUUACUCAAAAUGAGGUUGACAAGGACACAGCUAAACAGUUUACUAAUGGUAAUAAUGACAAUAAACCAGGUGGGACACUGGGAGAGAUAAACAAGGAAGGUGAAAAUGGAAAGCAGGUAGAAAAGGAUAAGGAAGCGAAAAUGAAAGUUUUAUUGUCAGAUAAUGUGCCUGAAAGUACUCUUCAUUGCAGCCCUGGUUUACAAGAGAUCUUUGACCGUUGGCCUAGCAUGUCUGACCAGUCCUGGCAAAACAUUACAACAGGCCACACAGCCACUCAAACAUACGCUGCUGCUGCAAACACAGUGGAGGCUGCAGAUCUACCUCAGCCCUCAAUACAAGUGGGUAGAAAAAGGGAGAAGCUAAAUGUGCAAUCUGCUGCUGAGAGUGAUUCUCAAGUGGCACAACCCCCCAGAUAUGACACUGAGAAUGCAAUAGAGAGACCAGGAUCAGCUGGUGAUCUUAUUCCGCCCACCCAAGAAACACCACCUGUCACACCCAGAGUAAAACUGACCACCACCUCGGUCCAGUCGCCUCUCACCACCAAGCCAUUUAACCAGUCGACUCCCUCAACCCUUCCUCAACAGAAAUCAACAGCCCCAAAAUGUGGUAAAUCUCACCCAGGACACAGUACACAUCGUCUAUCGGAAGCAGCUGACACUACACAGCCUAACUCUACGUUUGAUUGCAGCCACAAACACAAGCUAGGGCAACCAAGGUCUCUACCUGAAUCCGAUCUGAAGUCGGUUGCACACUCAAGUUCAAAAACCAAACCCCUACUACAUAUCGACCAGAACCUCAGCCCUCCUCGACACUCCGCUCCUCUAUCCUCCCCCUGGCCGAAGCUUCCCUCUGAUACAGAAUCGCCCGUGACGGAUGAAGGCUUCACUCUUAAGCUGUCCCAGGAUGCAUCACUCUGUUCCAGCAACUCUGGGACCUUCUCCAUCAUAGACGUGGCAAGUGACAGGCGCCUCUUCGACACUUUCAUUAAAGAGUGGAAAGUGAAGGAGCGGUACUCUCUGGCUUUGGCCUGUGAAAAGAGGGAGAACAGACAGCAGCCUGAGGGGGAAAUAGGAGGGAAACACAGGAGAGCGUCAGCAUCUCAUCAGAAGCUCAACAGGACUGAUGGUUUUCCAGUAAGAGACAGUGAUGGACUGGUGUUGAUUGGACUGUCUGUCUGCUGGGGAGCAAGAGAUGCAUACUACGUAUCUCUGCAGCAAGAGCAGAGCAAAGGUUUGAGCUCCAGUCUGGCCCCUCCUCCACUGGAUGAUGAUUUGCCAAUAAGUGAGAGGCUGGGGCAGGUGAAGGCCUGUCUGAGCAGGCCAUUGGCUGGUCUUAGAGGGGGUGUAGUUGUCACGUAUGACAUUAUCCAGGUGUACAAGACGCUAGUCCUGAGCUGUGGUAUCAGCUUGGAGGGCCUCUGUGAAGACCCCAAGGUGGCGUGUUGGCUGUUGGACCCUGGCAGUGAGGAGAGGACUCUGCCAAACAUGGUGACUGUCUUCUGUCCUGAAGAAUUACCUCUGCUGGACGGACUUGGGAAUGCGCAUGCACACUGUCCUCGUGUUAGGGCAGCGACCAAGAGCGUGAUGGUACAUGCUGUCAUGAACCAUCUCACCGGCCUGCUGGAGAAAGACGGCAUGCUUGAUUUAUUCAGGCGCAUUGAGAUGCCUUCCCAGGUAUGUUUGGCUCUGUUGGAAUUGAAUGGAAUGGGCUUCAGUGUUGCAGAGUGCGAGAGACAAAAACACGUAAUGCAGGCCAAACUCUCAGCGCUGGAAUCUCAGGCAUACAGCCUGGCUGGACACAGCUUCUCCCUCACCAGUAUCGACGACAUAGCACAGGUGUUGUUCUUGGAGCUCCACCUGCCUCCAAAUGGUGAUGUAGGUGGAUCGAAAAGUAAGAAGACUCUGGGCUACACCAGGAGAGGCGGUGGCAGAGUACGGGUUGGAAAGCAGUUCAGCACAACCAAGGAUGUUCUGGAGAAACUUUGCCCCCUGCACCCAUUGCCGGGUGUGAUUCUGGAGUGGAGGCGGAUCACUAACGCCUUGACUAAAGUGGUGUUCCCCCUGCAGAGGGAGAAGCAAUACCACCCUAAAUUGGCCAUGGACAGAAUAUACCCCAUCACCCAGACACACACAGCCACAGGUAGAGUGAGCUUCACUGAGCCCAACAUACAGAACGUCCCCAAAGACUUUGAGAUUUACAUGCCCACGGUGGUGGGUGAGAGCCCUCCUUCACAAAACGGUUGCCAAAUGACCACCAAACAGGGAAAGAAGAGAUGUUCUGUGGUGCCUUCAGUUACAGCCGGAGCUGCAGAGCAAGGCCCGGCCUUCUCUGUCAGCAUGAGACAUGCCUUUGUACCUUUUUCAGGUGGGAUGAUACUAGCAGCUGAUUAUUCCCAGCUGGAAUUGAGAGUAUUGGCUCACCUGUCCAAGGAUCAACGACUUCUACAGGUGCUGAAUGGAGGAGCAGACGUGUUUCGCUGCAUUGCUGCCGAGUGGAAAAGUGUCGACCCAGAGAAUGUGAACGACAACCUCAGACAACAGGCAAAGCAGAUUUGCUAUGGUAUUAUCUAUGGGAUGGGAGCCAAGUCCUUGGGGGAACAAAUGGGAGUGGAGGAGAAUGAUGCGGCCUGCUACAUAGAAAGUUUCAAGGCCAGAUACAAAGGGAUCAAUGCUUUUCUUAAACAAACAGUGAAGAACUGUAUAAAGAGCGGCUAUGUUCAGACUCUGAUGGGCCGUAGGAGAUACCUACCUGGAAUCACUAACACCAAUACGCACAUCAAAGCACAUGCAGAGCGUCAGGCAGUGAACACGACUGUACAGGGUUCAGCAGCAGACAUUGUUAAACUUGCCACUGUGAAAAUCCAGAAGCGACUGCGAAAAACAUAUCCUGCUGCUCCCCUGUCUCACCAGCACACACAUUCAGCCAGCAACCAGCGCAGGGCUGGGACAUCUCAUCUGAGAGGAGCCUACUUUGUCCUGCAGCUACAUGAUGAACUCAUCUAUGAAACCACAGAGGAAGACCUCAUACAGGUUGCUCAGCUUGUCAAGAGGGAGAUGGAGUCAGCAGUAAAACUGUAUGUAAAGCUUAAGGCCAAAGUCAAGGUGGGACCAAGCUGGGGGAACCUGCAAGACUUAGAUCUAUAAUGUGAAUGUUUUAAUGCUUGAUACUUAAAUCAAAUACCAUGUAGAUACAACUUUAAAUUAGGUGAGAUAUGUAAAUAUUACAGUUUGUACUAAAAUUAAUAUUUAUUUAAUCGAUACAUUGACAAUAAUGUAAUGUAAUAUAAAACCACAGUCCAUGCUUGCUCUAUGAACUCUAAAUGAACUAUUGAAUGUAUUUAAAAUUUUACUUUCUGGUGUACAGUGUCACAUACAUUUGUGGGGGGGAGAAAAAAAAAUGUAUUUACUGAUCUCUCACUAUUUGACAUGAGAUUUUAUGAUAUGUAAUAAACAAAUCUAUUUUGAAAGCCUGUGGCUGCA